AUGGGUCCGCGUAUCACGACAUGGAAUGUCAAUGGCAUGCGGACCCUGCUGGAACACCAGCCAUGGAAAAGCGCAAAGACAAUGGAGAACAUGUUUGACAUCCUAGAGGCAGACAUUGUGGUCUUCCAGGAGGCAAAGGUCCAGCGCAAAGAUCUUCCGGAUGACAUGGUUCUGCUGGAAGGGUGGGAGAGCUACUGGAGCUUUCCCAAGGAGAAGAAAGGCUACUCUGGUGUUGUUGUCUACACUCGAAAUGCGAAGUGCACGCCCAUAAGAGUGGAGGAGGGCUUCACUGGCUGCCUGACUGUGCCCGGCACUUCUACCCCAUACCGAGCAUUGCCGGAAGACCAGCAGAUUGGAGGAUAUCCCGAGGCCGCCGCGCUCUCAGAUCACCGGUACAAACUGGAGAGCCUCGACUCGGAGGGAAGAUGCGUUCUUGUCGAGUUUCAAGCAUUUGUCCUGAUUGCCACCUACUUUCCUGCCGAGCGGGAUGAAACACGGACUGACUACCGUCUCAACUUCCUGCAAGCCCUGGAGCUCAGGAUCCGAAAUCUGGUCAAAAUGGGCAAGAGAGUGGUUCUGGCAGGCGACCUCAAUAUCAGCCGCGAGGAAAUUGAUACUGCGCACAUCGGCAAAGCCAUGCGCCAACCUCAAUUUGAUCCAGCCGAAUGGAUUUCCACUUCGCCACGGAGGUGGCUCAACCAACUCUUGGUGGGAGGCAAAAUUUCUGGGCCGAGAGACAUGGGAAGAGAGCCUAUUUUGUGGGACAUUUGUCGGUCGUUUCACGAAGGCCGCCUUGGCAUGUAUACUUGCUGGGAGACUAGGAUCAAUGCUCGGCCGGGGAAUUAUGGGGCGAGGAUCGACUAUAUCAUAUGCAGCCACGACAUGAGGGAUUGGUUCAGUGACUCCGACAUCCAAGAGGGGCUGAUGGGAUCUGAUCACUGUCCAGUCUAUGCUGAUUUGAAAGAUACAGUGCUUGUGAAUGGUGUCGAAGAGCACAUCUUGGACGUGGUCAACCCACCGGGUAUGUUCGUGCGUGGGGUUCGUCAAAAGGACUGGAAAGCGGCACGUGCCCUGCCGCUGUCUGGCAGACUUUUAGGUGAAUUCCGUAACAGACGAAGCAUCAAAGACAUGUUCACGCGAAAGCUGGUACCCUCAAAGUUGGAGAGCGGUCAUCAAGAGCUCACGCCGCACAUUGCAAGCGAGCUACCACCUGCGGUCUUCCACAGAGAGGCCUCGGCAGCACAUCGCCCCCAAUCGCCUGCAAAACCAGACAUGGACACUAUUCUCGAGCAAGUUACGUCAUGCAGUCCAAAGGACCUGAUACCUCGACCUUUCAACGGAGAGCGCCCAGCCGCACAAGAUGAUUCACCAUUCGUUCUAAAAGAUACGCCAUCGCCACUCUUCCGCGAUGAUGCCUCGUGUUCGGGAUCGAGUUGUGAUAAACGCCCAGCAACGACUGUCGACCAGAGUCCCACAGCCAAAAGAAGACAAGGUCCAGGACAGACCAUUUUAAAGGAUAUGGGACGGACAACGUCGAAAGGCCCAGGCCAGAAGACGUCAAAAGAACUGAGACGCACGAGUUCGACGAGGCUCAAAGAGCAGCAGACCCUCCGUGACUUUUUCUCUCGAACCAUACUUCCGUCCGAGCCGGAAGCGAAGGUGGAGAAUGGGCCGAAAUGGGAAGAUGAUCAGGCAUUGCUGUCGUUACCACUCGCUCAAAAUAACGCACCAGACGACGCUGUAACGAUGAUUACAGCAGUGGACGCCAAGGCCAGCCCAACAACACACGUCGACCGAGAGGACAAACAAGUCAAAGUGGAUAGUGCGUUUACAGCAGUUGAUAAUGAUACGUCACGAACACCGAUCCAGCAGUCAGGGAAUCUCCUCAACCACGAAGACGGACAUGUCGACGCGAAGACAGAGGUCACAACGAAGCGGCCAGCCAAAGCCACUGCUUCUGAAGCCAAAGAUUCGUGGCGCAAACUCUUAGCCCCGCCUGUUGCGCCGCUAUGCAACCACAACGAACCAUGCAAGAAGGACACCGUCAAAAAACCCCAUCUGAGUGCCGGUCGGAUGUUUUGGGUGUGUGCACGGCCGGUAGGCCCAAGCGGUAAGAACGAGUCCGGCACACCGUGGUCGUGCAAAACAUUUUUCUGGCAUAGUGACUGGGAGGCGCAGUCAAAGCAGACGAGCACUCGAGGCAGAUGA